AUGUUUGGCGGCGUCCAUGACGCGCCAGACCGCGAGAAGAACCCCGACGCCAUCGACCUCGCGCGGUUCGCCGUCACCGAACACAACAGCAAGACGAACGCGGCGCUGGAGUUCGUGAGCCUCGUGAAGGUGAGGAUGCAGCUGGUGACCGGAACCAUGAACUACUUGACCAUCGAGGCGAGGAAGGUCGACGGCGGCGCCAACAAGCUGUAUGAGGCGAAGGUGUGGCUUAGGCCAUGGCAGAAGUUUAAGGGGCUUCAGGCAUUCGAGCCGGUCGCGAAUGCUGACUGA